AUGCCGUCCCAAAAACCAGAGCUUCCUCCUUUGAAGACUCCCAAAUCAUUUACAUUCCCCUCGGAAAUUCAUGAUGACCAUAAGGUCGUCAGCGCUAUGAGCACCGGCAGCGCGGGCGAAAUAAAGCAAGAGGACAGCAGUGAAAGCUCAUGCUCCUCCAUCCCGACUCCUUCAGCUUAUACCGACUUCCUCACUGCUCUUACUCCAGUUUUCAGUAGUCCAAGAAGCGCUGGGGGUACUAGCUUUCCUAUCUUUAAGAUUGAGAAAACCGAUGAUCCAUCACCUAUUUCCCAACCUUCCGCUAGCGCAAGCCCUGCCUUUUCCUCGGCCCCAUCUUUGAAGUCUCCUUCAAUUUCCCUUCCACCACGGUCGCCUUCUCACUUGAAGUCGCCAAAAUCCCCCCCCUGCACUUCGACGACUGCGCAUCCCGCAGUCCAUCAAGACUUUCUCGGCGAAAGACUCUCCGCGCUCCGCAGCGACCCCAUUGAGCGCAACGCCGAUGAGCGCAACACCACGCAGCGCAACUACACUCUAUUCGCCAUUUUCGCCUUCUGA